UGUGUAGCUGUUGGUUGGGGAUGUAGUUUUGUCGACGGACCGCCAACACUAAAAAUCCAAGCUGUAGAACUUCCAGUUUUACAAUCAAAAACAUGCAUGUCAAUGUAUUCAGCCUACAUUAAUUUAACGGAAGAACAUGAAUUCUGUGCAGGUUACCACAAUUUCGGUAAAGGUGUAUGCCCAGGUGACAGUGGUGGACCAUUGGUCUGUGAAGAUGAUGGCGAAUAUAGAUUAGCUGGUAUUGUUUCAGCAACACACUCCAAACUGCCCGCUGAUUAUCCGGCAAUAUUCACACGCGUUUCUUACUUCGCCGAAUGGAUAAAUGAUGUAAUCAGGGAGAACGGAUAUAAGAAAAAACCGAAUGGUCUAUUUUCAUUUUUAAAACUGCAUAACUGAAAAUUAUUAUUAUUUUUCAUUCCUGUUAUUACAUGUUAAUUUUCCUUUAAAUAAAAGAAAUUAGAUAUUAGUUGUUAAGCCAUG